CCACCUUCGCUCCGUCGUUCACCUUCACCUGUUCGUUCGUCGACGUCAUCGCAUUCUCGGCAGAAUUCAGGCGGGCUGCCUAGCAUCCGUACGCAAGGUAUGUUGAACACGGGGUUGGGUUCAAACAUGAUGUUACCACCCAGCGCGGUGACGCCGAGUUCUGCGAUCUCUACGUUUUCAUUGUCUUCGUUCCCCAUUCCACCCCAGUCGCAGCCGUAUGCAAACGGUGCAAACAGCGCCCCAAGCUGGAAAUUUAGAGUCGGAGAAGAAAAUUUAAGGAGAACUCUGCCUAGUGUCAAUGUUGGCCAAGAGGAUGGAUGGGGAGCCGGGCCAUCAAUUUCAGUCUCGGGAUCCGAUCCAGCAAAUGCCGAUAGUAUUCCAGGCAUCCCGAGGAUAUCGGUCGCUGGUAUGGACGAUGAGGACGUGACGGUCCCUAGCAUAUGCAUUGGUGGCCCAGAGCCGUCGCAAGCCCAAAUCCCCCGAAUCUCUGCGCCUGGCUCAGGCCCAGGCGAGAACGGUGUACCACGACGUAUGCACCACCCAAUGCACCCAAUACCUGCGGUGCGCAACACGGGAGGACUAUUUUGCGGCGCGUGCGGCGGUGCGAUCCUCGGGAGAAGUAUAAACACAAUGGGCGCAAAUUGGCACCCAGGCUGUUUUCGCUGUGCUGCGUGCGACCAGCUACUAGAGAAUUUGGCAAUGUAUGAGUUUGAAGGCAGGCUGUAUUGCUCGUUAGACUACUACGAGAAAUUUGCGCCGAGAUGCUAUCAUUGCCAAACCGCGAUCGCAGACCAAGACUUCAUUACAUUGAGUGAGGUGGACGGACUCGGCAAGCGCACGUAUCACACGCAGCAUUUCUUCUGUGCAGAAUGUGGCGACCCAUUCCUGCCGCCAAGUACCACCGCCCGCAAUUUCUCGGGUGAUGGGACAUUUGAUGGCGGCACUGGCGAGGGCUUCACCGUGUACAAUGGGCACCCGUACUGCGAGCGUUGUCAUGUGCGCCUGCGGAUGCCAAAAUGCAAGAAGUGUAAGAAGCCCCUACGGAAGGAUAUGGAUACGCUUGAGGUCCUGGGUGGAAAGUGGUGUCUUGACUGCUUCGUAUGCAAGGCGUGCGACGGACCUUUCACGAACGGCAGAUUCUUCUUGCGGGACGAGAAGCCAUUCUGCCAACGCUGCUUCGAAGUUAUAAUCAAGAGCGAAUUAUAGAUUAUAACUGGGGCUUGAAUGACUGCUACAACGAUAGUUGGCAGCUUUAAAGUAAUGGACUUCAUGACUCUCAUGACUACUCAUCUUUCCUUGUUCCUCUGUCACAAAUCUUGGGAUAAUACCAGAUUUGGGUAAUGUGUUUGUGCGAUGUAUAUAUGGCAUAUGCUACCC